CUCCAACAAUAACACUUCUGUCACCAUAAAAAUUCGGGCUGUCACCUCACCUCCCUCCCCCUCUCUCUCUCGCUCGCUGCUCCUCUUCACUUACGUUACCCUGUUAUUGCAGCCCAAAUCUCAUUACCCGGUGGUUUUCUCUCCAAUGCUCCCUUAAUAUCAACCUCAUUCAAAGGUCAGAUCUGUGUUUCGUCACAUUAGCAACAGCUCGCUUUCUCUUUCGUUUUUUUUUUCUUUUUUCUUGUUUUUGCAAUUGGAUUUGAUCUGAACCCUGUCCCAAAGUACUGUUACUCGAUCUUAUCUAAAUACGCAAACUCUACAUUGAAAUUGCAAUAUACUCUGCCCCAUUCCAUCGUUUGCUGAUCUGGGUCAUCCAGAUCUGUCGCAAAAUCUCCUGAAAUUAUACUGACAUGGACUUGUUCGACAAAUUCAAGAUCUGGGUUUUGUUGGUUUGUUUGAUAUCUCAACUGUGUCAUGGUUUUUACCUUCCGGGCAGUUAUCCCCACAAACAUGGCAUUGGCGAUGCCCUAUCUGUGAAAGUGAAUUCACUUACGUCAAUUGAAACUGAAAUUCCCUAUAGCUACUAUAGUAUGCCCUUCUGUAAGCCCCAGGAGGGUGUGAAGGACAGUGCCGAAAAUCUCGGUGAGCUCCUCAUGGGGGAUAGGAUUGAGAAUUCACCAUAUCGGUUUAAGAUGCACACCAAUGAGACAGAUAUCUUUCUGUGCAAAUCCAGUCCUCCUUUGUCGGCUGAUGAGUUUAAGACCUUGAAAAAGAGGAUAGAUGAGAUGUAUCAGGUUAAUUUGAUUCUGGACAAUUUGCCUGCGAUUCGAUAUACCCAAAAGGAGACAUAUUUACUGCGUUGGACAGGGUAUCCACUUGGAGCUAAGGUUCAAGAUGCUUAUUAUGUGUUUAACCAUUUGAAGUUUACGGUUCUUGUUCACAAGUACGAAGAGACCAAUGUGGCCCGUGUGAUGGGCACUGGGGAUGCUGCUGAGAUGAUCCCAACGGUUGGGAGUCCGGUAUCCGACAUCCCAGGUUACAUGGUGGUUGGAUUUGAGGUGAUCCCUUGUAGCGUUCGGCACAAUGCUGAAUCUGUGAAGAACUUGAAAAUGUAUGGUAAAUAUCCGAACGUGAUCACAUGUGAUCCUGGGGCUGUGGGUAUGGCUGUGGAGGAAGGAGAUUCUGUGGCCUUCACUUAUGAAGUUUCAUUUGUGGAGAGUGAUAUCAAAUGGCCCUCAAGAUGGGAUGCUUAUUUGAAAAUGGAAGGAGCAAAAGUCCACUGGUUCUCGAUUCUCAACUCUCUUAUGGUGAUUACUUUCCUGGCUGGAAUUGUCUUCGUGAUUUUAUUGAGGACAGUUAGGCGGGACUUGACUCGCUAUGAGGAACUAGAUAAGGAGGCUCAAGCCCAGAUGAACGAGGAGUUAUCUGGGUGGAAACUUGUUGUAGCAGAUGUUUUCCGCGCUCCAACCAAUGCUUCGCUUCUGUGUGUAAUGGUGGGAGAUGGUGUUCAGAUUCUCGGGAUGGCUGUGGUGACAAUAUUAUUCGCUGCUCUCGGAUUCAUGUCGCCUGCUUCUCGUGGGACCCUGGUUACUGGGAUGCUGUUCUCCUACAUGAUUCUCGGAAUUGCAGCUGGUUACGUUGCUGUUCGACUUUGGAGGACAAUUGGGUGUGGUGAGAAAACAGGAUGGGCUUCAGUCUCUUGGAAAGCUGCUUGUUUCUUCCCUGGUAUUGCUUUUCUGAUUUUAACCACUUUGAAUUUCCUACUGUGGGGUAGUCGCAGCACUGGAGCCAUUCCAUUUUCUCUAUUUGUUAUUCUCAUUUUGCUCUGGUUUUGCAUCUCGGUUCCCCUAACCAUGGUUGGAGGGUACUUCGGUGCAAAAGCACCUCAUAUUGAAUACCCAGUUCGAACCAAUCAGAUCCCUAGGGAUAUCCCAGCCCAAAAAUACCCAUCUUGGCUUUUAGUUCUUGGGGCUGGAACUCUUCCUUUUGGUACACUUUUCAUUGAGUUGUUCUUCAUCAUGUCCAGUAUUUGGAUGGGACGAGUUUACUACGUCUUUGGUUUUCUCUUCAUUGUUUUGAUCCUUCUUGUGGUGGUUUGUGCUGAGGUGUCUCUCGUUCUAACCUAUAUGCAUCUUUGUGUGGAGGACUGGAAAUGGUGGUGGAAGUCCUUUUUCGCUUCUGGUUCGGUCGCCAUUUACAUCUUCUUGUACUCCGUUAACUAUCUCGUAUUUGACCUUAAGAGUUUGAGUGGACCUGUUUCCGCCACGCUUUACUUGGGAUAUUCACUUUUCAUGGUUUUAGCGAUUAUGCUUGCGACAGGCACGGUUGGUUUCCUAUCUUCGUUUUGGUUCGUGCAUUACUUGUUCUCCUCAGUGAAGCUGGACUAGAAACUUCCCCAACUCGAAAGGUGAUGUUAUGGGUACCCUAGAUGGGAGAAUGAACCCAGCGUCUAAAUCUAUUUUUUGUUUUUUUUUUGUUACAAAGCUUGUCUAUCUCUAAGGAAAUAAGAACAAUGGGUCGGGUUUCGCUUAAUUCUUUGUUAUUGGUUAAAUAUUUGCCCGGAAGUGUAGUUGCGUAUUUUCUGGCAGAUGGAGAACUUUUUAGCUAUUGCUAAAUGUAAUUUGAGGUUUCAGCAUGUACUUGGCUAUUCAGAUCCAUAUUGAUUGAUAUGAGCAUAUACAGUUACUUCUCUUGAA